AUGGCGUUUCGUCUACCUCCCCAAGUCCCCCGUCGACGCCCUUCCUAUUCCAACUCCCUCCCUUCUCCCGCCCCCGAUAUCACCUCGCCCCUCUCGUUACUACCGGAGAACGAAGCUACAGAAUGGGUGCUCUUCUCGCCGACCCAACAACCCUCCACCACCGCCCGCACGCAUACCACCUCUACUGAUCGCACCCCACGAACACAAUGCAUUUCACGUCUAAGUGACUUUGGCUCGUUUGGCACGGCAACUCGAUCUGCGAUCGGCCCAGAAAGCGAGGAUGUCGGUGACGCUCUCGAUGAGCCGUUGGACGAUGACGGGACGGAACUAGAUAGUCUGGAUGAUGGAUUACACGCCUUUCGAGCCCCGUCCUUGGUUCAAGAAGACCAAGGGGCUCCUGCGGUUCUCCCAGCCCAUGAUGGACUAGGCAGUUUCCAGGCUUCUAGCCAGGCUGUACAAAACCAGUUGUGGCAACACGAACAGUACAAUCCCAAUCGGAGACCCGACCUACAGCCACGCCGACGCUCGAGUGUCCAGCGCCAGUUGGACAUGGUCGGAAAUGAAGAAGAGGCGGACAUGGAGAGAGAACGGUGGCAGCGCAUUGAGAAAUGGAGAAUGGAACAGAGCCGGGUGCUUCUGCAGGAGAUCGAGAAAGCAACGCGCAGACGGCGUGAUAGUCGCGCCAGCGGCAUCACCGACCCCGUUGCAUCUUAUCCGACAGUUUCGGACGUUCCAGAUGCAGUCCUUGAGACCCCCAAAGAGUCCGAGCCUGCUUCGACGGUAAAGGAAGAAGAAGACGGGGGCGAGUCUCUGUUGCAGCGAAUCACCCGCAAGGUCAUCCGCGACCUCAUCGGGAUCGAUGAUUCGCUGCUAUCUGUAAUUUUUGGGGAGUCGUUGCCCUCCUCUGAAGAUGACGAGCCAAUUUCAGCGAGGGAAUAUGCAUCGAACAUCGAGGCACUCAAUCAGGAGCUGGACUCCGUGCCGGAAGACCACCCUAUCUGGCAGAGUAAAGUGCUGCAACGCAUCGCACACGAGCUGGGGAUUCUCGUCAACCAGCUGUGUGAACAUCCCGGUGCGUUCACGACCUAUUUGAACAUGUCCCAUGAGAUCCCGAAUCAGUAUGCUGGCAUACCUCUCGAUCGCGUCCCGGAAGAGGCCGACGCACCUUCUGCCUCGGUGGGGCCUACCAAUCUGGAGUCCACUAUGCAUGCAGAAUCGGUUCUCUCUCCACACUUUUCGCCUACACUUGGCGACCCCAGUAGCCGAGAACAUGCGGCGCAAUGGGGCAUUGAGGAUGACGAUAUUGUCAAUCGUUCAGCCAGCCAUUCCGCGGCUGAGCCGCUGGCUGAAUCGGCACGCGCCCAACAGGAGAAGGAGUAUUGGGAGCGAGAGCUGGAUAUUCGGAUGGUCUUCCGGUACCUGCGGAACCGAUUUACCCACCGGGGCAGCAACAACGACUCUUAUCACAGCGCUCCCCGCAGAGCCCCGCAAGAUGCAUCUCGUCGUGCGGCAAUCAUCCGGCAGCACCAUCCGCUCGUUGCCCGAGCGCAUUCGCGCUCUCAAGCGCAGAUUCGCCGGCAAUCGCAGUACUCGCAUCACUCCGGACCAACCGGGGUGUCGUCGCCCAUCAUGCGCCCGCAUUACCGUCGCCCCAGUUCUAGCUGUGCUAGCCAGAGUGCCAAGUUGUCUGCCAUUUCCAGCCGCCGGACGCUUACCGGUUCCAGUCGCAAUUACUGGGAUAUCGGGGGCAGUGUGGACAGCGGGAGUGCUGUGGCGCCCGUUGCAGCUGGCCUGGGAGGCUGGGGCGAGGUGUGA